UUGAAACAAAAAGAAAAUAGAGAUCUGACUAAAGAGAAAUUGUAUCACAUUGGUGUCAGUUUAAAUAGUCAUUCAAAGUAUCUGAACUUAACAAUGAGGAUGUUUUUUAUUACUCUCUGGUGGCUGACAGCCAGUGGAAGUUUUCCUGUAGUUGCAAGCAAUCAUGGAGUAACAUUCAACACUGCCUGCAACAAUGCAACAGUGAAGAAAACAGCAUAUAUUGGAGAGACAGUUUCCAUUACCUGCAAAUAUUCACAAGCAGAUGAAAGCAGCAUCAGAAAAUUCUGCAGACAUGAUGGAAACUUCAGCUGCUCAAAUAUAAUUUCAUCAAGGAGGUCAAUGCAGACAAGACUGUCAAGGUUUUCCCUUACUGAUGAAGGAGAGCAAGGGGUGUAUGAAGUGAACAUCUCCAUGCUAACUCAGGAGGAUUCAGGCAGAUACUGGUGUGCCUUAGAAGGAAAUACUUCCAUUACCUGUUUACAGGUGUUAUUUCUCCAUGUUCUGCGCCAUUUUUAUGAUAAUGGUGAUGAAGGUGAUGCUGAAGAUAAUGAUGAUGAUGGUGCUGCUGUCAAUGAUGUGAAAGAAGAGUACCCUUCAAAACUAAGCUUGAUUGCUUGUAUUGUGAGUGUGGUAAUAGUGGUGGCUGCUAUAAUUGUAGUAAUACUUUUUCGACGGAAAAUCUUCAACAUGCAAGGUUGUUGUGUUUCAGAGGAAGAAGCAGAGGACAAUGAAGAUGUUCAAAACACAGAGAGAAAUGAUGAAAAUCACCAAUAUGAGGAGAUACAGAUACAAAACAAACAAGAAAAUGCAGUCUGUACUCUUUAUUCUACAGUGAACCUACCAGCAGAAAAGCUGCAUUACACCAGUGUCAAUAUCCAUAAGGACAGUUCCACUGAAAAUACAAAUGGAUCUUCCAUCUUAAAUGGUAGUCUUAGAGAUGCAGGACAGACUCCUGCAGAGACAACUCUCUACUCUAUUAUUACAAACCUUGGAGAAUAGUGCAGUAAAUUAAUGUGGCUCUCCCAAGCAUAAGUAACAGGUUUAAUGAUAAACAUUUCUUUUUUACAUAAAUAUAUAUUUCAUAAUGUUGGAAUCAUUACUUAUAUGAAUAACCACAUUUUUUUAUUGGCUUGAUGCACUGAUAAUGAAAAAGCAGCAUAAACUCAUCAGAGAAACCAAUGCCUAAGAGAACAGUUUGAUAGUGAACUCUCUGAAGCACAAAGCAACCCAUUUUCAAAAUAUGUUUUUGUUUUUUCCAAAAAUUUGAUUUAUGAAUCUUUGGAUAGCACUUCACAUAGCCUGUGUUCUUCCUGUCCCUGCUGUGUCUUCAAAGCUCUGCUUUUCCAAUGCUUAAAUGAGCAUUUUGAGAUCUUCAGAAGACAGUCUGAGAGGACUGGCAGUGUUAACAAACAGAGUUGGCCAUCAGAUGUCAUCAUUUUUUAUUGUCAGAAAGCCAGGAAACCCAGCUUUUAAGGAGUGAGUGGAGAAAUAUAAUGAAGUUAAAUGUGCUGAAAAAGAUAUUUAAUUUUUUCUAGUUGAGACUUUGCAUAUAGUUACAUACAUUUAGAAUUAAGGACUAAUUAUUUAAUAAUUCACUUGCAAUUUUUGUUUCUUAAAGCAUUUUAACCUGGUUUCAGGUAACUUUCUAUUUAACAAACUGCAGUAUGUGCUUAAUAUUAC